GAGUUUAAAAAAAUCAAAACACUGUUAAUCAGUUAAUAACUAGCACUUGCGUAAAUAUAUAUGAUUUUUUAAUCUUACAGAAAUAUAUUCUACUUAUAAUAUAACAGGUUUACUAAUUUGGAAUAAAACAUUAUUGUUUUUUGCCAUCAUUAACUUUUAAUAAUGUUCAUUAAAGUUCUAUACUCAUUACCAAGUGUUAUAAUAAAGAAAUCUUCAUUUCUAUGUACUUGUUUAGUAUACAGACCUUUAACCACAAUGCAUAGCAACAUCAUAACUAAGGAGUUUGGAAAAUUUAAAGUACAAGUGCUUCCAGCAUUAUCCGAUAAUUUUAUGUACUUAUUAAUUGAUAAUAGCACAAAAGAAGCAGCCAUUGUCGAUCCUGUAGCACCUGAUGUGGUUUGGGAUGCAGUUCAUAAAGAAAAUGUAAAAUUAACCACUGUACUUACAACACACCAUCAUUGGGAUCAUGCUGGUGGUAACAAAGAACUUAUUAAUAGCAAUACCAAUGAUCAAUUGACUGUUAUUGGAGGUGAUGACCGAAUUGAUGGUCUUACAGUUAUGAUUGAUACACAUGGAGUAGAUCUUCAAUUGGGAUCAUUGAAUAUUAAAUGUUUGCGCACACCUUGUCAUACCACUGGACACAUUUGCUAUUAUGUUAAUGAAGGACAAGAUGGUGUUGUUUUUACAGGUGAUACAUUAUUCUUAGGAGGUUGUGGUAGAUUUUUCGAAGGUAAUGCUACACAAAUGUAUGAAGCAUUAAUCAAAAUAUUAUCACAGUUACCUGACAGCACUGCUGUGUUUUGUGGACAUGAGUAUGCUAUUCAAAAUUUAAAGUUUGGCUUACAUGUUGAACCAUCUAACCAACAUACAUUGACAAAAUUGAAAGAUAUCGAAACCAGACGAAAAAUAAAAGAGCCAAGUGUCCCAUCAACUAUUGGUUUAGAAAAGCUCAUUAAUCCAUUUAUGAGAGUAGAAAUUGAAUCAGUUCAAAAAGUUACACAAACAAUUGGUGAUCCAAUUAAAACAAUGAAAAUGUUGAGAGAUAUGAAAAACAAUUUAUAAAAAAUAAUACUUAUUUUAUUACAAUAAUACAUUUUUAUACAAA